AUGAAAAAGCAAGGAAACAACAGUGACCAAGACGAGAAGAUCUAUGAAAGCCUCCAAAUCAUAUCGAUAGGAGAGAACGUCUGUGGUGUCACCAUUGACACUAUAGAGGGUCUUUCAUAUAUUAAGAAGUCAUUUUGGAUUGAUGGCGAUGAGGUAAACAUAACUAGAUGUUUCAAAGUGAAUCUUGGCGAUUACGAGAUCCUUACCAUCAUAUACAAUGAGAUUGGGAAGCUUGAAGUGAAUUACGAAGUGCUUUGUGUCAUGUCGAAACAACUCAAGUACGACACGUGGCAUCAUAUUGGUGUUGUUAUGAAUGACUUUUUGACUCUAUAUAUCGAUGGUACUUCCGAGUUGAGAUGCAAACGAAAAGUCAUUAUCUUAGAGGGUAACAGUGAAGUGUUAGCAGGGUAUGAAGGGUCACAUCGGGAUGGAUACAGUUUCGGUGACAUCAUGAUAGUCAAUAGUAACAUAGAAACAUUGGUAUCCGAUAUAGUGAAGAGAGAAAUUGGUGUCACUCUCCAUCGAUGA